CAAUGCGAGAGCGGAGGCGGAGAUCCCGGGCACGCGCACGACUCAGGCUCGACUGAGACUCCUCUCACUCCAGGUGCCAGGGGCAGACGCGCUCACAGCGAUGGAGCUGCCCGCGUACCUCAUGGCUCUGGCCGGGUGGCUGCUGGCCUGCAGCACGGUUCAUCAUGAGCAGUGGCGCGUCUCGUCCAUCGACGGCACCGUCAUCACCACCUCGACCCUCUACGCCAAUCUGUGGAAGGAGUGCGCCACCGACUCAACGGGUGUCGCCAACUGCCGAGAUUUUCCGUCCCUGCUGGCGCUCAAUGGCGACCUGCAGGCUAUCCGCGCGCUGUUCAUCUCGGGCAUGGCUCUGGGCGUCAUCUCGUGUCUCCUCGCCACCCUGGGGCUGCGCUGCACCAGCGUCCUCCCUGCCCGAGCUACCACCAAGUCCCGCGUGGUCAUAUGUGGAGGAGCCAGCUUUAUCUUCAACGGUAUCCUGUUCCUGGUCGUAUACUCGUGGUACGCACGCCAGAUCACGGCCGAGUUCUACAACCCCAUGUACCUCGGGCAGAAGUAUGAGCUGGGCCCUGCACUCUACAUCGGCUGGGCCGGCUCGGCCCUGUGCGUGGUCGGAGGAGGAAUUCUCUGCUGCACAAACGUCAAGAAAAGCCAAUACCCACGCGGGAACAACAAGAACCUCCACCCCGUGUUCCUGCCGCCCUCCAUGGCCCCGGUCUCGGCGAGCGGGGUCCAGAAGCCCCUGAUCACCCCCAACGGGGGCAGCCCCCGUCCCAGCCCCCCCGCCGAUCUCGACCCCAGCUACGACAAGAACUCAUAUGUGUGACCCCCCCCCCCCCUCAGUGACUCUACCAAUAACAAAACUACCACGAGCAAGAGCUACAAACUACAGGUUUCCCUCGCUCUACGCGAGUUUCGGUUUGUACGAUUUCGCGCUGCACAUGCGACGAACCUAUUUGUACCCAAAAAAAUUCGCGAUAUGCGGUUUGAAUUCACCCACACGCGGCUAUGCGGUCUUACGUGGGACAACAAUGUGUGUAUUAUUACUGAGCGUGCUGCUCGGCAGACAGCUGUCUCGUCGUGUGGUGGUUUGUGCUGCGUGAUUUCGCUGUGCGUGCCCUUUAUUCGGAAUGCAUCUACCGCAUUAAACGUGGGAUUCCUGUACCACCAAUCGCUUGACAAUUGCUACCACCACUACCGCUACGACUACCAUGGCUAAUGCUGCUGUGACUACUGCUACUAAUCAUGACAACAACUCACGCGUGUGUGUGACCUCAGUCUCUAUCAAUACUGUUGCUCCCGGUAUUACUACCAUUACCGUUACAAUACUACACGACUACUAAUACUACCACAGCUUCUGAUAAUCAAAUCACAAUUGAGAGCGCUUUGUCAAUGCACUGCUGGAUAAGAACCUCUCUCCGUGCCGUGUUGGUCAUGAGAGUUGUUUAACCACCCUUCACUGUGUGGGUCAGUGUGGGUGAAAUUGGAGACCCAGAAAUGGCUCAGAUAUUACCACUGCUUUGGCGGUGCACUUGAAAGAAAUUCCGUAGAAGGUGGAUAUAAGCACAUUUCUAGGCAGAGUUUUUAUAUCAGCAAAACACAUGUUUAAAUUAAACUGCAAGGGGGGGGGGGGGAGGGGUCAAAGGGCAACUGCUGAUAUAAGCACACCACCGCACUUCGGCUAUAGGGACACCCUGGCCUUACUCCCAAGAAAUGUGCUUCUACGGUAUAAAUGUGUGCUCCCAAUUGUGAGGUUUUUAACUUAUAUCGGACAGCCCAGAACGGGCCGCCCACAAACAUACACUUUACUUUUCGUCUCGGUCAUCCUUUAAAGGAUGGGAAAGAUUUGGAUUCCAAGUUGGAGUUAAAAUCCUGGCAUUAAAGAGCAGUUGACGUGACCCAAUGUUGAUUUGAAGCUUUCGUGAGUGCAGGAAUCCAUACUCUUUGGUUAUUUCGGUAAAGUCACGGAGGUAGAAAAUAAUGGAUCACGACGUUUCGAUCGCAAUGCAAGCGAUCGUCAUCAGGUGAGACAAUUACAGCAGGAAAACUGCUGAAGCAGGCGAGAGAGCUGCCGUGACGAGAGAUUAUAGAGGUCUGGGCUGGGAGCAAUCCACAGGUUUGGAUUCCAAGUUGCAGUUAAAAUCCAUGGCAAUAGGUUACCACCCCUUGCUUUAUACAACUUUUAGACGUGCAGUGAAUUCUCAUGUAAUUAAGGUGAUUUAUGAAUGCACAAUUAUUAUUGGUAGCUUUAUCAUUAAAGACUUUUGUGUUACAUAUUUGUUUGUUAAUUUGUACAUUAAAUUUAAUAAGAAUAAAUCAAAGUGAAGUCA